UCAACAGAGUUGUACACCAAUCAUAGCAGAGGUCAUGUUUGUGAUACCAAAAUAGUAGCAUUUCUCGUGUAGCAUAAAGCGGUUAGCGGCUACAGAAAUAAGCUUGUUUUUGUCUUCGAGUUUUUGUUUAUUAAUGUUUCUUAUUUACAGGAUGUCUCUAAAUAACGCUUCACCGUGUUUACCGAGGCUGUUUAUCUUCCACUUAUCACAGAUCAGGAAGAAACCCUUCUACGCCAGUACCAUGUUUCCCCAAAGCAAUCGUCUACACUCUACUCCUUGCCACUUUCGGUGCAAAAGCCUGGCUCCGUCCACUUCCCAGUUCCCAGCUGGUGUAACACAGUGUUGUACAGACCCAGCAAAUCCGGGUCCUCCGCCUCCUCCAACGUGCUGCUGCAUGAGCGGCUGCCAUAACUGCGUGUGGAUCGAGUAUGCAGAAGAGAUGCUGAAGUACUUCAGUGAUGGUGGAGAAAAAGCACUGGCUGCCAUGGAAGACCAUGUUCAUGACGAGAACCUCAAGACUUACCUCAAAAUGGAGAUCAGGCUACUGAAGAGAUCAUGAUUUUAAUACUAUGUAUCCCUUGGAUGACUUUUUCCAUCUUUAUUUUUGUUUUUUUGCAGCUGUCAUAGUUUGAAAUGUUUUGUGAAAUAGAAAUGACACCUUAAAUGACACUGAAUGACACUGACGCUUGAGCCGAUCAUGCGUUUUUAAAGGUCAAUUUGUAAAUUUCUAUGAAUGUGCAAUACUUAAAAGUGUUAUAUCCAGUCCAGGUCUAUUUUGGAUACAUCUAUAAGCAAAAUGAUUAACCGUGUAAUACACAAACAUCUGUUUAUUUCAAUGGACUUUUAAGAAAUUAUUCAGUUAGCAUUUGUGUUAAUGCAUUUAGCAGGCACUUUUACUGAAAGUGACGAGAUGAGCACUUGAAAGUAAAGACUUACAUAAAUCAUAAGGCAGUCCUCUCUUAUGACCUCUAGCUCAGAACUCCAAGUACUGAGCCUCCAUUGCACUGUAUAAUAUAUAUAAGGAUAUAAUACAAGGGCAGUGGUUGCUCAAGCAGUUA